AUGAUCUCAAGCGAGCAAUUACUCGAGAAUGCCGCCCUAGACGGCUCUAUCGACGUGUAAGUUGGUAUCUCCCCUCCUAUAGACGGCUUGCGCUGACUUGCGACAGCGCGGAAUGGGCGCGUGUGCUUGAGUUCCUUCUAGACAGACUGCACGAAAUAGUCUUCAACGAGUUUCCCAUUCCUGCCCUCCCGAUACCGCGGACACUGCCAUCCACGAUCGAUCCAGAAGUCGUCGCCUCCACGCCGCCACGCAACCCCACCAGCGAGACCGACAACACAGAACAAGAGCUGCCAGACGCAGAGAACGAGCCUCCAGCAAACAGCCAAAGCAGCACGAAGGAGAAUGACGCGCCCAGAGAACUUGCCGCUGGCCGGCCGCCCUCAGGCCACCAUCCCGGAUACCCAGGCUAUGAGAUCAGUCAAUCGCAGCAGACGGAAGAGAUGGGGCCUCUAGCGAUGCCCGAGCCUGGCACGCUGCCACCUGAACUCCUGAGCUCGUAUCAGAUGUCGAGGCGAAUACUGGAACAUGACUUCGUGCACAGCCCUCCGUAUACCAUCCAGCGCCUCGCCGAGCUUGUGCUACACCCGAGAAAGCACUACCGCUUCCUACCCGCGUACCUACGUGCUCUUGAUCGUAUUAUUUCGGUGAGCUCGCCUGUGUCAGAUUUUCCGCUGCCAGCGCUACACAACUCACUGAACGGCGGCUUCCUUACCAACGGAGAGGCACAAACAAAUGGGAUUAGUGAAAGAGAGGGUCUUGGAAGUGACGAGAGCUUGGGAGGUGCUCUGCUGACACCGAUUCCAUGGCUGAGGAAUCAGAAUAGCAUGGCGGGACAAUCAACGGGCUCACAGGGAGCUGAAGGCGAGCUACAUAGCGAAAGCACCGAGACGAUUGAGGGGCCCCACGGUGCUGGCAGCAUCGAGACAGUGACCGUGACUGUGAACGGCAUACCGAGCGCCACUGCAGGCCAGCAGCAGCAGCAGACGCAGCAAACGUCUUCGUCUCCCAUUGCGUCGCCAACCUUGUCAGAGCAGAGCGAUGCUAGUACCUCCUCUGCUUCGUCAACGGAGGCGCAGCUGAGAGACCAGGGUGGAGUCACGCAGGGAGAACUACUACGACAAGAGCAAGAGGCAGGAGUUGUGCCCGUCAAUCCUUCGGGAAAUCAUACGACGCCGCGGAGAACGCUCUUACAGGGAGGUGCGGCAGCUGUUGGGCGGGAUGCACCUGGUCCUGCUGCAGCGCAGGGAGCGCCGGACAUUGCGAUUGAAGAGGAGCAACCACAUGCCAGAGGACCAGAUGUGAUUGGUAUGGAGGACAUGGGGCCGCAGCCACACCCCAUAGACUCCUCGGGCGGUGUGCUGGACAUGGAAGCUGCGGUAGGGAGGGGAAGAAGCAAAUCACCACAGCCUCCGCCUGCAGAUGGAGACGAGAUGCCGUUUGAGAAGAGCGAGAGUCAGGAAAUGAAGGACGCGGAGAUUGGCGAGCCGGGAAAGCCAGGCCAGGACCCACAGGAUGUCGAGAAGGAAGUCGAGAAGCUGAGGGAGGCGAUGAAUCGCGAGAAGGAGGCUGAGGCCAAAGAUGCGGAUGGAGAUGUAAUCGUCGCGGAUGCGGAUGGAGAGCCCGUGGGUGCCGAGGAGAAGAAGGAAGCUCCUGGUGACCCCGAGCCAGACGCCGUGGACACGACAGCAUUGUAA